UAGUUAAAGGACCUUCCACACUCUAGGAGUACUCUUUCUUAUGAUUUAUGAACAUCUCACCACUCUCAGCCCCCAAACUUCGUGCUUUUCUCUUUUUCCCAUCGAUCUCGUUUCUCCCAAAUUCGAGUCUUCCUUCGUUUCCAAGUCAGCGUUAAGGGUUUAGUUUGGCGCGUGCGAUGAAGAUCGAGGAAUUGGACGAUGGAGAGUGUAGUAGGGACCAUGAAGAGAAGUUUGAGAGGCAGAUUGUGAGCGUUGAUGCCAAGAGAGCGUUGGUUGGAGCAGGUGCUCGGAUCCUGUUCUAUCCCACACUCUUGUAUAAUGUGCUUCGUAACAAGAUUGAAGCUGAGUUCAGGUGGUGGGAUCAAAUUGACGAGUUUUUGUUACUGGGCGCUGUUCCGUUCCCCAAAGACGUUCCUCACUUGAAGAAGCUUGGUGUGGGUGGUGUGAUUACUCUCAACGAGCCCUAUGAAACCUUGGUGCCAUCGUCGUUGUAUCGGGCUCACGGGAUUGAUCAUUUGGUGAUUCCCACCAGAGAUUAUCUCUUUGCCCCCUCAUUUGUGGAUAUCAACCGGGCUGUGCAGUUCAUUCAUCAGAAUGCAACUUGCGGUAAAACUACUUAUGUUCACUGUAAAGCUGGUCGGGGGAGGAGUACAACAAUUGUGCUUUGUUAUCUGGUUGAAUACAAACACAUGACGCCUGCUACUGCCCUGGAAUAUGUUCGGUCUCGAAGACCUAGAGUGCUACUAGCACCGUCACAGUGGAAGGCUGUUCAAAACUAUAACAAGCGAAGGCCUUCUCCUUUACCAUACUCCCCCUCUGGGGAUGCAGUACUUAUAACCAAAGCUGAUCUUGAAGGCUAUCAUAGCACAGGUGAUGCUGGUAUGGAACUGGCGAUAGUUCCUAAAAUGCUGAAGACUAAGCCCAUGAUUGCAAGAUUAUCUUGUCUGUUUGCAUCCUUAAAAGUAUCCGGCAGUAGUGUACCAAUGACCAGGCGGUUGCCGGUUUCUGAGUCACGUGCUUGCUAAGUCAUCUUGAUAUGCUGUCAAGCAGGUGGCCUGUACAGAAGAUGAUGAUGAAAAUAAGUGAAGUUUGAUAAUUUCCCAAAGUCGGUACAAUUGUGUUUCAUGAAGAGAGGAUGCAUAGAAAGAAAGAAAGAUAGGAGAGAAGGUUUCUCCAAUGUUGUGUUACAGGUUAAGAGGAACAUGUAGUUUCUUGUACAUAUAUUUGCCUUUUGCAUGUUUGUUAAUCGAAUGGAAUCCUCGUGCAAGUUAAAGCAUUAUUUAUGUGAGAUCAGGUGGUGACCUAAUGUUUACUUGUCUUUACUGACACAAAACCAUAGCCAAAUCACCUACCUAAUUUGUACCCCGAAUACUAUGCAAUAUUGUUGUCAAACUCCCGAGUUAACCAAUUGAC